AUGGAUUUUGUGCUACAUUUCAAUACGAUAGAAAAAAACGGGGAAAAAAUCAACCAAAGCGUCCCCAUCGUACUAUCGAUCAGCAACAGUGACAAAAUAAGAUUACAAAACAGCUCAGCUAUAUCACUACAUCACAAAAACGAAUUAUACGCAGUACUUCGUAACCCGGAGAUUUACCACAACCGAAAAGAAGAGAGAAUAGCAAGGCAAUUCGGCACAAUCGACAAAAAUCAUCCUUACAUUAAAAUAAUAUACGAAUCGGGCGAUUGGCUCGUGGGAGGAGAUCUCGAGGUGCUCAGGCCGAUAAAAUGGAACGACGGCCUGGACCAAUAUCGCCUCACGCCCAACCAACUGCGGCAAAAAUUCAAGCAAAUGAAGGCCGACGCGAUCUUCGCCUUCCAACUCCGCAAUCCAGUCCACAACGGUCACGCUCUAUUAAUGACCGACACCCGUCGUCAGCUGCAAGAUAGAGGCUACAAAAGGCCGGUGUUGCUGCUCAAUCCGCUGGGCGGUUGGACCAAAGACGACGAUGUACCGUUGAAGGUUAGAAUGCACCAACACGAAGCGGUGUUGGAGCAAAAUAUACUGGAUAAGGAUUUCACUGUUCUGUCAAUAUUCCCCAGUCCGAUGAUGUACGCCGGACCCACAGAGGUACAAUGGCACGCCAAGGCUAGGAUGAUCGCCGGAGCGAACUUUUACAUAGUGGGGCGCGACCCGGCGGGGAUUCCGCAUCCUCGAGGGAAGGAGGCGACGCCCGACGGGAAUUUGUACGAUGCCACUCACGGCGGGCGAGUGCUCAAACUGGCGCCCGGGCUGGAUUCCAUGGAGAUCAUUCCGUUCCGCGUGGCCGCGUACGAUACGACCAAGAAGAAGAUGGACUUCUUCGAGCCCGAUAGGAAGGACGAAUUCGAUUUCAUAUCGGGGACUCGCAUGAGAAAAUUUGCUAAAACUGGAGAGAAUCCGCCGGUUGGUUUCAUGGCGCCAAAAGCGUGGGAGAUAAUAGCGAGUUAUUACCAAUCGUUGGAAAUUAAGCAUUAGAUUAGAACGUGUAAAGUAUACAAUUCCAGUACAACUAUAGUGUACCUAAUUUAAGCUCUUUAUAUAAUCGGUGUGUUCUUUAAAAGAUUUAUUAUCACCUUUCACAUUUUUUAUAUACUCGACUUUACGUCACAAAUUUUAUGCUUAGC